AUGUUUCUCGAGAAGCCGAUUCAGCAGAUCCUCCCUCCCACCUUCUCCACGUCAGACGAUAACUUCGAACGCCCCCAAAAAACUACAAAGAACAUGGCAACGGAUUUCGCGAUGCCUGUGCAACAGUUCACAGCAUCGCCGACUCAGUAUAGUCUCUUCAACUCACAACAAACCUCCCCCAUCAACUCUGCGACCGCCACGCCCAAUAAUACAUCUCCUACAUCUCCUCGAGCAGGCGUGCCUGCGCAUCUUGCAGCCCAUACUCGACAACUGCGCCCGCCAAAGUCCCCUCUCUAUGUGCCUGCAGUCUUGCGACCUACAGAUCCUCCCAAGAGAACAGCCAGACAAUCACCCCUGACCCCGCCACACAGCAAGGACAACAGUUUUGACGACACAGAUACUCUGCGGACACUGAGCAGACGCUCAACUGGUGACAGUGGAAAGGGUGGACUUGGCGCAAUAGUUGAAGCUGAAUGGAGCUCCGAGGGACUGGAGAGCUUCGGAAAGGUCAAGGGCUUGCCAACAAGAGAACACUGGAAGCCCGACUCCGAAUCCGUUGUUUGCGACGAUACAACCUGCCAAGUCUACUUCGGCUUCCUCUCACGAAAGCAUCACUGUCGACGAUGCGGAAACAUCUUCUGCGACAGACACUCCAGCCAUGCCAUCCCUCUUGACCAAGAUGCAAAUUACCACCCUGAAGGUGCCAAAGUCCGUGCUUGUGAGCACUGUUUCACAGAUUACCUGAGAUGGAAGAUCGCGCGCUCAAGCCGUUCAAACAGCGAGAGCUCCCAUGAUCAGGACACACCUACUACACCCACCGUGAGCUGCGCAGGCACCCGUAUCGGCCGCAUCGGCAGUGUCUUUGGACAGAAGAAUACAGGCGUACCAGAGAGUCUGGGAGCCAGCGUGCCUAGGGAUUGGAACUGGAGCACCUUUUGA